GACACAACCUUUGGCAACAGAAAAACUGACAUCCAAAAUUGAGUGAUACUAAACAACACAAACAUAACCAACUCCAUUUUCCCAACAUAACUAAAUGAUUUAGCUUGCAAACUCAAAAUUCUUGUUAUUAUUUUAUCAAUCAAAGGCCGACAUGAAGCAACAGUAAGCUUGCCAGCAAUCAAUGGGACUCCAAGAUAACGAACUGGUAAUUUAACCACCUUAUAACGAGACCAAGUAUACAUGUUCUCCUUUUGAUACUGUGUGAGACCCCCACAAUACAACUCGCACUUAUAAGGAUUAGAACUAAGUCCAGAUAACUCCUUGAACCUGCUCAGAACCAUCCGAAUACCUCUCAACCCAUGAUUUGAACCAUCCAAGAAGACUAAUAAGUCAUCCGCAAAAAGAUCUUUCAUAUUUAAAUACAACAUUUAAUGCCAACAUUCAAACAUCUAUACUUGAAUCCCACAAAUAACAUAAACAUCUAAACAUUCAUACUUGUAUCCAACAACAUAACUUUCAAAUUCAAGAAACAAAUAAAAAAAAUAAAUUUGUUGUUAAACAAAUUCUCCAAAACAACAUCAUUUUGUUUAGAUAUCGAAUGUCGGUCAUGCCAGUUAUACCGAAGACGUCCAACCGGUUUUGUAACCGAUAUCAGUUGAACCUAGUUGUAGCGGUCGCCAUGCCAUCAGUCCGACAACCAUGUAUAUGACAUUUAAUGGUUGAAUUUCAUAGUUGACCGCCACCUAGAACGAACUUAACACAAUUAAACCGCCAAUAACCAACGAUAAAAUAAUAUUUAAAAUUCAGUGAUUUAUAAGGUGGAUUUUUUUUUUUUCGUGACAAGGAUAAAUCGAAAUUCACCAUGGUAAGAAAAUGAAAAUAAAAAUCAUGUUAUGGACCGGAGGUGAUCGGGUUCGGAUAUAAGGCCCUUUCCGUUGGUUCGUCGUAAUCUUUCUUCGUGGUUGGACCCAAAGCCAAGCCCACACCCACGUAGCACUCACUCUCGCUCUGGUCCGUCUCGCUCACAUUCGCAUAGUAGCCCCCUCUCCUUUCGAAAAUCAAACCUUAGAGAGAGAAAGUUUGAGUGAAGGCAAACAAAGAAGGAAAAAAAAAAAAAAAAAACAACAACACACACCCUGCGAACACAAACGAAAAAGGAAGGGGGAAACUCUGAGCGAGGAACAAAUUUUUUUUUUCUUCCUAAAACCACUUUUCAGAAUUCAGAGGGGGCCAAAUAUCACGAGAGAUUGCAAUAGCGAGCUUUCCAUGGCUGACAUUGGCGCCAACUCCCUUCUCUUUUAGGUCAAUUUUAAUUGAUUGUGUGUGUGCGGGAACAAAGGCGGGGGAGGGAACGAAACGAAGGAGGGGGGGAAAAAAAAACCCUAGGUGAGAGAAACAAGUGUCAAAGCACGAGCGGGGGGGAACGACGAGGUUUCGAAUUUGCCCCACUGGCGUUCUCUAAGCUUCUUCGAAGCUUUCGCAAUUCAGGUGAAUUCCUUGCUCCUUACGUGUUGCUCUGCAAACCCUAGAAUCCUGGCGCCGUGCUGAAUUCGUGGCAAUUCUCCGUGAUUUCGCGAAAUUAGGGUUUGUUGUGUCUGGGGCAAGCCACGCCAAUGCAUUUCAGUUUUGCUGGUGUUGUGCAUUUUGUUUGAGUGCUCCAGGAAUACCCCCCUCUCCUCUCUGCAACUGCUGCCCUGUUGCUUUUUUGUUCUAUGGAGUUUCAAUUGCAAUAACUAAGCUUUGCUCGUGCCUGUCAUUCCUGAGCUACUUCAGUUCAUGACUUAUUGGGAGAAUUUUUUGGUGUCUUCUGCUCAUUCAGUACCCACUCAUGACAGCAUGCUCAUUUACUCUGUCUUCCUGGGUUGCAGGACAGUUGGUUAGCUGCUUGCUCCUAGGACACGUUUAAUGUUUUUAUCGAAUUUUUCUAUUGGUAAUGGAUAUCAUUUGGUGCCUCUGUAAUAAAGGGUAUGAAGAGGUUCAUUUUGCUGUUCUAGGAAAAAUGGGUGCACUGUAGAUUGUUUUGGUGUUGGCUGAGGUAUUAUGGAGGGAACAAUGUAGGAGCUUAUGGUUAAACUUUAGUUGAUUUUAAAUUUCCCCCCCUUCAUAAUAGUAUAAACCUAGAUGCUGUUGACUUUGCCAAUUUUGAUGCUCGCAUGCGGAACAUAAUAUUGCUAGCUCUUUGUUGUUUCAAGUUCGAUGCCAUAUGGCACAUGCUGUAUGAGAUUUUGCGGAUGAUUCAUAACCUCGAUGAUUCUCGGGCAUGCAUAACAUGUUCUUUCUCAGUCAGUUUGGGCGAGGUGCAAGCAUUUGCUAAUGUGUCUGCCCAAGACACUAUUACAGAGACUCCAAAUGGCUGUAUUAUUCCUCAAAGAGAAUGCUUGCGAAAUGCUUUCAUUUUCAAUAGUGAAGUAAUUUUUUUUUUUUUGGAAUUUAGCUGCAGAUAGUUGAGCUUUUGGUGCUUCUUUUGUAACAAAUCUGUAGUGAGCUAGAUCAUUUUCCUUGACUUGCAUUUACGUUUAUCAGCGUCCAUAUUGGUCGAUCAUGCCCAUACAAUACGAUGAUGCUUGACUAGAUUGCCAUUUUACUCCAUUUCUACUGGAAGAUGGAUAGGUGCAGCUGGUACACAGUGAUUGGUGUUCAUCUUUUAUUUGUGGCAUUUAUCUGUAAUAGACAUGCACAUGCAUCUUGAAUCAAGUUAAAGUGAAACUAUAUCUGCUUUAUCAUGCUGCUCAGAUUGUUUGAACCUGAAAUGAAUUCCAGAGGACCCUAUAUAAAUUUCCGAACGAGUCCUGAUCCUAUGUAGUUGUAAGCUUUAUAGACUGGAAAAAUGCACUCGCGUAUCCCCGUGUCUAUUUUUACCAGUUCUAAUUGUUUGACUUCUUUGUUGUUGAAUUUGAUAGUUAUCUGAAGCAAUGAUAGAAGAACCCUGCUAGCCCGUGAGUUAGUAAUGCAUGGAUGUGACUCGCGGUCUGAUUUCCUAGUAAAUGCUGAGGUUGAUUCCAUGGGAGGGGUUGUUGACGGCGGAGUUGGUAUUGGCAUCAAAACCUCUCCACGCAGAGCAGCGAUUGAAAAGGCUCAGGCAGAGCUUAGACAGGAGUAUGAUGUUCGCGAGGAAAGGAGAAGGGAGCUUGAAUUUCUUGAGAAAGGUGGCAAUCCUUUGGACUUCAAAUUUGGCAAUGCUACGUCAUUUAGUGUCCAAUCCACAUCAUUCACUGAUCAUCAGGCAGAACAUGUUGUGACUAGCAAAGCUAAAGGUAGCUUCGCUUUGACUGCAUCACCCCAUGGGGAUUCUGUUGAAAGUAGCGGUCGACCUGGGCCUACGGCAGUUUGCGAACCUAACAGUGCUGAUAAUUUUGAUGGUCAAAAUGAUUUACUUGGAGGUGAACGAAACCGUAGGCAUCUCAGCAGAAGGAAUAGUGUUGCCCCGUCUCAGCAGUCAUCUCAAAUGGAAGGAGCUCAGAAUGCAAAGGAGUCUGAAGAUUCUGCUAUAGUUCGUCCAUAUGCUAGAAGGAAUAGGUCUAGGCCAAAUCGAGAUGGUGGUAGAUCAAGUUCUGGUGAUGUGGUUCAGAGUUCUGGUGUCCAUGGAUCUUCCUUUCCCAGGGGAUCUAGGAAUCUUAAGUUCAUAUCUGAGUCAAACAAUCAGAAAGACAAUACAGUCCCAUCUGAUUGUAAACCCAAACCUACAACUUCAAAUGGGGAAAUGAUCCCUCAAAUGGCAGAAGUGCUGGCUCUGCAGGCAACUGAUGCACCUAAAAGCAGUCCGGUGGAUAAAUUGGAUGCAAGAGAGUCUAAUAUCAUGAAAGAUAAGGAAAAAGAUCAACCUGUUGGAGGUGAUACUCAGAAACAACCAACUGAUGAUACUAUCAGGAUACGUGAUGAAAAUGUAGGAAAUGAACAAGUGGUUUCAGUUGGUCUCGAGUCUUCACCUCGUGUAGUUGUUGAUAGAUCAGAGGUUGAAGCUGGUUCUACUCUUUUGAAUGACUUCAGUGCCCAGAAGGAAAAUGACAAUGUUAGGCAAUAUGAUGUUGCCACUAAAGUGAUCAAGGGAUUAGAUUCAGAUUCCUCUUGCACCCCAAGUAGCCUUAGCGUAGAUGUAAAUAAAGGAAGCAGUUUGUGUAUUAACCGUAGGGAGGAGGACUCUAACAAAGUUAUUUUGAAACAAGCAGCAGAAAUUGAAGGAACACAGAACUCAGCUGCCGCUGAAACUGGGAAAGAAAGGGAUGUUAGUGUUGCUAUAGAGAAUUAUGCUUCUGGUGAUGCUGGCAUCAACUCUACGUCUGAAAAUGCUUCUGCUAAUGGUGUGGCAGCAAAAAUAGAAGAUACAGAAAAGUCUACUGGUCCUCAGAGUGAGGCUAAGUGCACCCCAAGUCUUGAAGAAACACAUCAAAAUGAGAUAGCUGCACCUGUGAGCAUUGAAAAUGCUGUUACAUCAUUGGAUAAUGAGUUGAUCCCCGGCAGGGUAAAUGCUAGCCAUUGUGCAAUGGAGAACCCUUCAGAUCUCUCCUUGCAGCAGGAGCAACUGAAAUCUCAGUUGCCGGAAAAUAGUUCUGCCGCUGCUGCUGAACCUCAUUCUUGUUCUGACAUCAAGAUAGACAGGGCCCGUGAAGAUUCUAUUUUGGAAGAGGCGCGGAGUAUAGAGGCUAAGAGAAAGAGGAUUGCCGAGUUAUCUCUUGGAGUAGCACAGGUGGAGUCUCGGAAAAAGUCUCACUGGGAUUUUGUCCUUGAAGAAAUGAGAUGGUUGGCUAAUGAUUUUGCACAGGAGCGUCUUUGGAAGAUGACUGCUGCUGCACAAAUAUGCCGGCGUGUAGCACUUACUUCUCGGUUGAGAGUGGAGGAACAAAAUCAGUGUUUGAAGCUGAAAAAAGUCUCCUACAUCCUGGCCAAAGCUGUGACGCAGUUCUGGCAGUCGGCGGAACUGCUUCUGUGUUCUGAUAAAAGUCAUGGUCCAACUACAGAUAUUGACGAGAACAAACCUGCUGCUGGGAAGGAUGCAUGCAAAGAUUUUGAGCAACAAAGUCCCAGAAAGAAUGAUGUUAAGGGAUAUGCUGUUAGAUUUUUGAAAUUUAACAGCUCUCCAGUUCCUGCAAUUCAAGCAGAACAGCCUGCAACUCCGGAUCUUGUAAGCGAUGCUGGAGUUAUGGAAGUUUCGUGGGAUGAUCACUUGACUGAAGAGAGCUUGUUCUACGCCGUCCCUUCUGGUGCAAUGGACUCCUACAGAAGCUCAAUUGAAUCACACUUAGUUCAGUUUGAGAAAACAGGCAGCAGCAUGCAAGAGGAAGGUGAUACAUCCAUGGUUGAUGCUGGUGCAGACUUUGGUUAUCCUGAGAAUGGAUAUGAUGAGGAUGAAGGCGAAACUAGUACAUAUUAUUUGCAUGGAGCAUUUGAAAGUAGCAGGCCAAGAAAACAUGAUCAAAAGAAAAGGAAACACUCUCUGAAGUCAUUCCCAGCAAGAUCUUAUGAAGUGGGAACUGAUGUGCCAUAUGGAACUGUGGGUUCUCAAAAUACAUUGAUGGGGAAACGGCCUGCUAGUAACCUUGGCCCAAUUCCACCUAAGCGUAUGCGCACUGCUUCUCGGCAGAGGGUUAUUAGUCCUUUUAGCACUGGUGUUCCUGCAGGUCCAUCUGCUCCGGCAAAGACAGAUGCUUCAAGCGGAGAUACAAGUUCUUUUCAGGAUGAUCAAAGCACCUUGCAUGGUGGUUCACAAAUCCAAAAAGGCAUGGAGGUUGAUUCUGUUGGCGAAUUUGAGAAACAUCUCUCUUAUGAUUGCUCAGAUAUUAUGACUAAGCCAAAGAAGAAGAAGAAGGCUAGGCAUCUGGGUUCUGCUUAUGAGCAGAGUUGGCAACACGAUUCAACCACUCUUGUUGAACAGAGAGAGCACCAGAAAAGGCGACUGGAGAAUCAUCAUUUUGAUUCUAACGGAAAUAGUGGUUUAUAUGGGCAACACACUUGGAAAAAGCCAAAGAUGCUGAAGCAAUCGCUAGAUGCCUUUGACAAUGUAGCUCCAUCCACUGGGUCGAUUCCUUCCCCAGCAGCAUCCCAGAUGAGUAAUAUGCCCAACACAAAUAGGUUUAUGAGACUGAUCAAUGGCAGGGACAGGGGAAGGAAACCCAAGUCACUUAAGGUUUCUGCUGGCCAACCUGGUUCUGGAAGUCCGUGGUCCCUCUUUGAGGAUCAGGCACUUGUAGUCCUUGUGCAUGAUAUGGGUCCUAAUUGGGAGUUUGUAAGCGAUGCUAUCAAUAGCACUCUUCAUUUUAAGUGCAUAUUUCGUGCACCGAAAGAAUGCAAGGAGCGGCAUAAAGUUUUGAUGGACAAGGGUGCUGGAGAUGGCGCUGAUAGUGCUGAAGAUUCAGGGACUUCACAAUCAUAUCCGUCGACAUUGCCUGGCAUUCCAAAGGGUAGCGCUCGACAGUUGUUUCAACGGUUGCAGGGACCGAUGGAAGAGGAUACUCUUAAGUCCCAUUUUGAAAAGAUUAUUAUUAUCGGCAAGAAGCUGCAUUAUAGGAGUCAGAAUGAUACCCAAGAUCCUAAGCAAAUACCAGUUCACAAUUCUCAUGUGAUUGCUCUUUCCCAAGUCUGCCCAAAUAACCUAAAUGGAAGCAUCCUAACGCCUAUUGAGCUUUGUGAUAUGAAUCCUUCAAGUCCAGACAUCCUUGGGUAUCAAGGGUCUCAUGCUGGUGUUUUGCCAAUGCCAAGUCAAGGUGUUGUAGGAUCAACGCUUCCUGCUUCUGGUGUUAAUCCUAGUGUGCAAGGGUCCUCGGGCAUUGCUCUAAGUAAUAGUACAUCAUCACCAUCUCCAUCUGGAUCGCUCCCUGCUUCUGCUAGGGAUGGCAGAUUCAGUGGUCCAAGAACGUCUUUACAUGCUCACGAGCACCCGAGAAUGCAACACUAUAACCAAAUGUUGUCAGGAAGAAACGUGCAGCAGUCUAAUCUGUCUGUUUCGGGCCCUCGACCUGGCGGAAAUGGUAUGGGUAUGAUGCCUGGAUUGAAUAGAAACAUGCCAUUGUCGAGGCCUGGUUUUCAGGGAAGCCCUUCACCGGUAUCAAAUUCUAGUAAUAUGCUUUCCUCUAGUGCGGGUGGGAUUCCAGGUGGAGUAAAUAUGCACUCUGGAACCGGGUCAGGCCAAGCAAACUCAUUGACGAGACCACGCGAGCAAUUGCAUUUGAUGCGGACAUAUUCUUCAGGCCAUCCUCAGCCACAGCACCAAAUGUCUCCUCAACAGUCUCAUGUGCUAGGAAAUCCUCGUCUUCCAGGGCCAAACCAUGCAACGCCUUCACCUCAGCAAGCAUAUGCAAUCCGUGUUGCUAAAGAAAGGCAGAUGCAGCAGCGAUUUCUUCAACAACAGCAGCAGCAGCCGUUUACUGCAUCUGGCACCCUCAUGCCACAUGUCCAACCUCAACAGCUUCCCAUGUCACUGCCAAUGCAAAACACUCCCCAGAUUCCGCCGCAAACAUCAGCGCAGCAAGUUCCAUUGACGCAGUCAUCCCCGAUGUCAGUGCAGCAGCAGAAAGUCAACCUAACCACCCAUCAUGGGGUGAACAGAAACCCGCAGGUUGUUACUAGUAAUCAGACAGGUAAGCAACGGCAGCGGCAGCAGCAGCAACAAUUCCAACAACCUGGCCGUGGUCAUCCCCAGCAGCGACCACAUCAGCAGUCCCAAUCCUCACAACAGAAGCAUGUAAAAGGCGUAGGUAGAGGGAACAUGAUUGUCCAUCAGAACCUCCCUGCUGAUCAUUCUCAGAUGAAUGGCGUUUCCAUGGCCACGGGAAACAAAGGGGCAGAGAAAGGUGAUCAAAUUAUGCAGCAUUUGAUGCAAAGUGGUCAAGGUUUGUAUUCUGGUUCUGGAUUAGCACCACCACAACCAUCGUCGAAGGCACAAUCAUCAUCUAAGGCAGGAGUGUCACCUCAAUCCUUGAACCAUCUACAGCCUCAGCAAAAGCAAUUUCCUGGCUCAUUACAGCACUCGUCAAAACAGCUACAUCAGAUGCCCCCUUCUCAUUCUGAUAGCAGCUGUCAAGGACAGGUUCCGUCAGCUGGUCAUGCGCAAACAGGCUCUCACCAAGCUGCUACAUCACCUGUGAGCAGUUUAAACCAGCAGCAACACCAAAAGCAGCAGGUUAAUCAAUCUCAAUCGACAGUUCAGAGGAUGCUUCAACAGAAUCGUCAGAAGAAUUCAGGUUCACCAACCAAGUCACUAACCGAUAAGCACGAUCAACCGUUACCGAACACUGUUCCACAGAUGGGUAUGAGCGCGACCCCGUCCAUGCCUGUGGUCAGUAAUGAUUCUGCUAAUGUUGUUUUGGUUGGUACUUCUGGUGUUCCAGCACCAUGGAAGGUGUCUGAACCUGCUUCCCAAGUGGGUUCUAUAGGGAGCCCGCCUCUUCAAAAAAUAGCUGCUAGCGAGCCAGUGGCCUCUGCCAGCCAAGGUUUAGGACGGCAGGUGUCUGGAGGUUUGUCCCAACAGGGGCAAGAUCCUGCGGCUAAGUGGCAGCAGCAACCACAACCACAAUUCCAACAGUCAACAGCACCACCUACUCCAUCUCAACAGAUACUGCAGCCACAGGAGCAACCACUAGCGCAGCAAGAACAACAUUCACCGCAGUUACAGCAGCCACCCGCGCAACAACAAUCUGAGCAUCAGUCACAUCUUCAGACGGCGCAAGGCGGUUUGUAUAGUAGGCCGACCAAUGCUAAGCUGGAAUGAAAGGUCUUGUUGGAAGUAAGUAGUUCCAGUAGCCGGUGGCACUGCUGGGGUUUGCAUGCCCUUAGAGCAGCAUUGUACAGGUACAUUCCCUCAUACAGUAAGUAUAUUCACUGUGUUAUUGUUCCUCGGAAUGACUUGAUUAUAUUGGUUCCUAAAAGGCGGGAAAAGUAACCGUCGCUUACAUGGCAUUGAUACAGAUAAAGCUGGUACCUGGAAGGGCAUUGCAAAGCAGGGGAAACGAUUUUUGUUCACCUUGACGUUGUUCGCUCAUUGCAGGGCCAUUUUUAUUGUGUCUUUUUUGACAUUUUCCCCAAAAAGUGUGGGGGGAAUUCCAUGUAAAUUACCACUGGGGGGGCUAGAGAAAUGAGGGGAAGAAGAAGAUGGAGGCAAAUAUAGAGAGGUAUGUGUACAGUGUCUUGGUCUCUCCAUUCCUUUUCUCUUGUAUCUCUCCCCCUGCCUUUUUUGGCUGGUUUCUCUGCUUUGUCCUGAAUGCGCAGAGGGGGGCAGGCUGCCUUUUUUUUUGUUUUGUUAACCUUACGUUAAUUAGUGGACUUUCUUCCAGGUAGGUUAGUAGUAGCCAUCAUGUAUUAUUACUAAUGAUUCAAACAGUUGAGAAUUAAGUUGGUAGUGAUCAAUUCUCAAUGGGCAGAGAAAAAGAAGAGCCUUUGGUAAGAAAGAAGAUGAGCUUUGUGGAUAAAGGAGGAUCUGUUAAAUGUUUGUUUGUACAACAGAAACCAAGCCAUCCAUGAUAGCAGGCCUAUGGGUCUUUCUAACAGGAAAACCAUUAUGUUAUGCUUCUAAUUAUGGGAGUUCAGUAAUCAGUUAGUAUUGACCUGUCAUUCAGUAAACCCAUUAAUUAUGG